GCCAGCGCGGCUGCCCAGGACAGCCGUGCAGAGGCCUGGGGGCAGCCUCUACCCCGGGGCCCGUCUCGUGAGGGCCCCAGCGUUGGAGACAGCUCUCUGCCCUGCUGUGUGGUGAGACGCUGUCCCUGCCUCUCCUGUGACAGGAGCGCGGAGCCAGAGGACCGCUGUGGCCUCUGGCCCUGUGUUUUCAGGAUGGGGUGUGUUGGCGGGGAGGAGGGCCUGAGGAGCCCAGGUGCCAGCUGUGAAGCACAGAGCCGGGCAUCAGUCUCCCCGGCAGGCCCGCAAGCCAUCACUGCUCUUACCUCAGGCCAAACCACUUUGCCUGGUCCCUGGUGCCCGCCCGGCCCGCCGGUGCUCCCUCCACAUGCCCCGGUGGCACCGUGCCAGCCCUGGGCCGACUUGAGCUCUCCUGCUGCCCGGUGGGAGCUGCAGCCCCUCCUUUCCGGAGGAGGAGACAGAACCAGAGGGGCGGUGACUUGCACAGCGUCACCCAGCCGGGCAGCAGCAGCGCCUGAGCCGUGCGGGGUCCCGGCCCUGGCUCCCUUGCAGACCUACACGGCGGUCUACUACGUCCUGGCCGACCUGCUGAUGCUGUCGCUGUACUUCCAUUACAAGUUCAAGAAGCGCCCCUCUGCCCUGUCCACCCCCAUCAAUUCCAUGCUGCUGUUCCUCUUGGGGGUGGUGUGUACCACCCCGCUGCUGAGCGGUGCUGGUGCUGCCUCCGUGGCCGCCCCGAGGGAGGUCUUUCGGGGGCGAACCCUCCUGUCUGUGGAGCCGGGCAAUAAGCCCUUCACCCAGCAGGAGAUCAUCGGCUUCGUCAUUGGCUCCAUCUCCAGUGUGUUAUACCUGCUGUCCCGGCUGCCUCAGAUCCGCACCAAUUUCGUGCGGAAGUCCACCCAGGGGAUCUCCUACUCGCUGUUCGCCUUGGUGAUGCUGGGGAACACGCUGUAUGGGCUGAGUGUGCUGUUCAAGAAUCCCGAGGAGGGCCAGAGCGAGGGCAGCUACCUGCUGCACCACCUGCCCUGGCUCGUGGGCAGCCUGGGGGUGCUGCUGCUUGACACGAUCAUCUCCAUACAGUUCCUGGUGUACAGGAAUGCCACCAUCUCCUCAGAGCGCCAGCCUCUGCUCCCCAGCUGACCAGGCUGUGGAGACCCGGAUUGACUGCAACCUCCAGAGGCUGCACCAGGAGAGGUCUGGGCAGUCAGGUGCUGCUGGCCCUGGCCUGGGCCGCGCACCGAGCCUGGCCAGCCUAGGACUCCAGGCCUAGCCACCUCCCCCAGCCCUAACCACAUGGGCUGAUUGCCAUGGGCAAAUUGGCCCCCACACCCGCCCCGGGGCUGAUCUGGGACGGGGGAGCUCAGGGAAGGGCGGGACCUGCCCUCCCACACACAGCUUGGCUGACCCCCAGCUCACCUACCUCCUCCUCCUGCUUCCGGGAGGGGCCCAGCGGCAGCCACACCCGGGUCUGCCCCGUGGCCUCCAGACCCCUAGUAAACGGUAUCUCCCCAAGGCAUGUUCUGUUGCUCCUUCCCCAGCAAGAGCAUCCCGCUGCUCUGGCACAGCUGUGGUUGGGCAUCUGGGCUCCCCCUCCCAGCUCCCAGGUGGGGCCCUCAAGUGUCAGGAUGUCAAGAGCAGUUGGGAGCUGAGUUUGCUGGCCAGCCCCAGCCCAGCCUGCCGGGGCCUCAGGUGUCUUCACCCUGCUUUUCUGAGACAGGCCCCACACCUGGUGACAGCUGGUGACUCCAGCCCGACCCCUGCCCCUCAGCACUCAGGGAGAAGCAGGUAGUCAGGUUCAGAUCUGGGUUCUGUGGCCCAGCUUCUCUGGGGCUCGGCUACCUCAUCUGUGAAAUGGGUACCACUUCAUAUGCCCUGGUAGGAUUGGGGUGAUUACAGCGUCUAGCCCCAAAGCCUGGCGUGACUUUUCAGAAAUAAAAGACCAGUUUCUGUUGGCGGUGACAGACAUGGCAGGCCUUUCCAGAGGGCAUGGCAUAAAGGUGAGCAGGAGGAGAUCGCGUGGCGCGUGGGGAUAUUUCACAGAGGAAGAGGAGGGCAGGGCUCUGCCUGGGCCCCAGCCUUGGGCUGCCCCAGCCCCCAUUCUGUGUCCAUCUUUUGUUGCCCUGCCCUCAUGAGUGCCCAGAGACAGGCAGGCUCCCCUGCCUGUUGCUCUCACCUCACCCCACCCCAAAUCUCCCAGGACCCAGAGCCACCUGGGUGGGCUGGUUGGAGAGAGAAAACAGCUCCAAACAACAAAGCCCCUCUUUGAGUCUUCUAGAAUCUUUCUUUUCUGGAAGUGGAGCCACAGCCUUCACUGAGAGGGGGUGCCACAGUCCAGUCAGGGGUCACAGAUGUUUGCUGGGGUGGGUGAGGCAGCUCUACUCCCUGCCCUCACAGCGGGGAAAUGGUUGCCAGGCCCUAGUGGUAAGAACCGGGCUGGAUUGUACAAAGCGCCAUAGAAACCCCAGGAGGCUCAACCUGGAGAGCUUCACGGAAGAGGGGGCCCAGAGCCAACUCUGAAGGCAGAGGGAAGGGCCAGAUGUGAGGAAAGGGGCCGACAGCCAGUGACUGGGUUUGGCUGGGAGACGUGGAAGCAGGAAUUGGGAUCUGGAGUGACCCAGCAGGGUCACCUGAGGCUCAGGUGGGCAGUGAGGGCAGAUAAGGCCAGUCUCCCCCAGCCCUGUUCUGGCUCCUGCAGAACUUGUAAGUGGCUGUGUUCCCUGGGCACUGCUGUGUGCCACCUGGGCUGCGCUCUCACCCAGCCCUCAAGGCUCUGAGGAAGGCCAUGUGCAGGUGGGACAGCAGGCUCCAGGAAUUAACCCACUCGAGGUAGCACAGCUAGGAGUGGGAGCUGUUUGAACCACCAGGGCGCCAUCCCAGACCUGGCAGGGCCUCACAGUCCCCGCCCUCCUGGCUCCGGAUCCAGGGCUUGCAGCUUCGCCCUUGUCCUUGGGAGCCACCCAAGGCUUUGGCCUGGCAGAAAGUGCCCCAGGCCCCAGCUGGCUCUGGUCCUGGCCUGGUUCAGGGUCAAGUGUGGAAGUGGGACUCCAUGCCAGGUGGCAUCCUCCCUGCCCGGACAGGUGUGGUUCCCUGACCCCCAGCAUGGAGCUGAACCUCAGCUAGGUGGCAGAGAUGAAACCUUCAGCCCCUGCUGGGGAAGGCCUGUCUGAUGGGAGUGACAUACUCCCUCCUGGGACACACCCAGGGUGCUGGGUAACAGCUGCUGCUUUCAGGCGCUGCCCAGCCGGCUGAGCGCUGUGGUUCCUCCCUCCUCAGGAAACCCCAAGCUGACGGGGAGCGCCCUCUGCUGGCAGAAGUGUUUAUGGUGGUUAAAUGUGAUGGGCCUGGGAACUCCACGUCUGCACCCGGGUGGUCACAGUGGACGUGGUCUCAGUGGCGAUGUUCAGCACUGGCUGAUACCCUGGGCGUCCCCAGGUCCCUCCUGAGUGUAGAGUGCUUUUCCUUUUCCCAAGAUCAUGUUACCUGCACUUUGACACAGCCAAGGGUGGCGGGGUCCUUUUCUCUAGGAGUGGCCUGGAGCACGGGACAGCCUGGAUCCUCCCAGGCCGGGUGGGAGCACAGCAGAGCUCUGCACUUUGGCUUCAGGCCCAGACCAGCCAGGAAAGUGGCGCCACACUGACUGUGCGGAGGCUCCUGCCGCAGCAAGCUGGUGGGGCUGGUGACAGCCACCCGGUUCUCUAGUGGCGGAUGCCAUUUUAACUGCAGAGAGAGAUGCUGUGAGAAGCCUGGCUGGCUGGCGGUGGCCUCCCCAAGGCCCAGUCCCAGCUCUGUCGCAGCCCUCCCAGCCUGGAGUUCUUCCUUAGCAAACUCGUAAAUUGCGAAGCCAGGCUCAGAGCCCAGGCAACGUGGUCUUCACUCCCCGAAGCAGAGAAAGGGCACUGCUACCAGGCUGCGCUUCCCACCCUUCUCCCCUGCUCUUGGCUUUCAUGGCAGCUUAAGGGUGGACCCUCAGCAGCUUCUGGGUAGCUACCAGGUGCCCAGCCUUGACCAACUCGUGUCCUAGCACUAACCUGACAGGGCUAGUGACUGUCAGCACGAGGGGGGGGGGGCUUUCCCUUUUGCUGGGGAUUAAGUCAACUCGUAACUACUCAUCAGUCCCAGCCCUGGGACAGCCGGAGGUAGCUCCACUCUGCACAUAUAACUGCUCAAUAAAGACCACUGUUACUAACCAC